AUGACAGAAGUCCUGAUGAGUUCAAGGAAAAGUGAAGGAAGCAUAGGGGAUCAGUUGACACCUUUCCCCCUGGACACAACAGCCUGGCCAGCCUCUGACCAGCUCAUACGUGAGCCUUCCUGCAUGCCUCAGUUAUCCAACAACACCUCUCUGAGCUUUGGAGACCUCAAGGUGGCUGUUUCCCUGCUGCACUGGCUAUUCUUCCCCUGAAAUAUGCUGGCUGUAGCUAUACUGACUUUGAGCCCUCUGCUGCUGGUAACCAUCCUGCAGGGGCAGAGACUGUGGCAAGAGUCCCACUAUCUACUACUGGCUAACAUCCUGCUCUCGGAUCUGGCCUAUCUUGUCUUCCACAUGCUUAUUUCCCCUAGCAACCUGGGCAGCUGGUCCCUGGGCCUCAUUGCUUGUGGUAUUCUCACAGAUGCCAUCUUCACUGCCUAUAUCAGCACCAUCUCCUUCAUGGCCACUGUGCUACACACCUACCUGGCAGUUGCUUAUCCUCUGUGCUAUUUCUCCUUCAUGUCCUAUGAGGCUGCCCAGAAAGUGGUGGCCCUCAUCUGGCUGGUGGCCUGCUUCUUCUCAGGUCUCAUUUGGCUUAGCAAGCAGCAAAAUGCCAGGUUAGAGGAGCAAGGGGCCUAAUGUAUCCUGCAGCUAAUUCUGGGCACUGAGUCAGGUUGUGGCCCACUGGUCACUGUCACCCACACCUGAAUUUUAUGCAUUCUCUUUCUAUGCACACCUCUCAACACCUACUGCUUCUGGAGGAUCUAUGCAGAGACCAGGACUUCAGGUAUCUGGGUACAAGGCUGUUCCUGAUCCAGGGGUAUCCUGCUUAUCCACACAGUGCUAAUCAUACUGUAUGUUAGCUCAGUUGUGGUAUUUUCCCUGGACAUCAUGCUAAUCAAGUACCACCACACUGAUGCCAGAACUCAUGUGUGGCUCAUGGCAGUGAAGAACGAGGUGUUCAUGAUGCCUCCUUGUGCCCAACUUCCAUAUCUGUACACACUUCAUUACUGGAAGCUACUGGAGAUGGUCUGGGGCCACUUCUCAUCCAAGAGGCACAGUGACAUCUUCACUAUUUCUCAGAGCUACAGUCUUCACAGUCUGGCAAGCUGA